UGUUUCCUCGAUCACCAGUUGUCGUUUCUGCAGGUUCCAGGAGGGAUCGACCUGGAGAUCGAACACUGUACGUCUCAAAUGGUGGUGGAUGAUGAUGUCCCUUAGCUCGGGAGCAAGAAAAUGUUCGGCUGCGGCUACCGGACCCAGUUCAUCAACGGGCGCAAGGAGAAGUUCGUCAGGCUAGAGGAUUCGUCGACGAACCCGAGGGUGUCCUUCGCGUCGAGCGCCAUGGACCACGGCGGCCUGCACAUGGACAGCUACUUCUCCGGCCACCCGUCGGCUGCCAAGAUCCGGGCGCGGUCGAUGCGCGUGGCGGCGGGCGUGAUGAACCGGUCGGAGCGGCUCAAGAGCAUCGGGCUCGUGUUCCAGGAGGACCUCAAGAACAUGUCCCAGAAGGUGUUCGACCCGCAGGACGCGUUCCUGGUGCGCAUGAACCGCGCCUUCAUCUUCGCCUGCAUCGUCUCCGUCGCCGUCGACCCGCUCUUCCUCUACCUCCCCGCCGUCAUGGCCACAGACAAGAACACCUGCAUCGGCUUCGAACGGGGCCUGGCCACUUGGGCCACGGCCGUGCGGUCGGCCGUGGACGCCUUCUACCUGGCGCGCAUCGCGCUGCAGUUCCGGACCGCGUACAUCGCGCCGUCGUCGCGGGUGUUCGGGCGCGGCGAGCUGGUGAUCGAUUCGGCCGCCAUCGCUCGCCGGUACCUGCGCCGGUUCUUCGUCGUCGACCUGCUUUCCGUGCUGCCGCUGCCGCAGAUCUCCAUCUGGAACUUCGUGCACCGACCCAAGGGCGCGGACCUGCUGCCCAUCAAGAACGCGCUGCUCUUCACCAUCCUGGUGCAGUACGUGCCCCGCCUCGUCCGCUUCUACCCCAUCACCUCCGAGCUCAAGCGCACCACCGGUGUCUUCGCCGAGACUGCCUUCGCCGGCGCCGCCUUCUACCUCCUCCUUUACAUGCUCGCCAGCCAUAUGGUGGGGGCCUUCUGGUACCUGCUGUCGAUCGAGCGGCUAGACGACUGCUGGCGAGCCAAGUGCACUCAACUCAACUUCCACCAGUGCCGGACGUACAUGUACUGCGGCGGCGGCGGCGGCCAGGGCCAGUCGGGGUUUCUCGAGUGGCGCACCAUGAUCCGGCAGGUGCUGGCACAGGAAUGCGCGCCCGUCGACCAGAGUGGCACUGGCUUCUCCUACGGCAUCUACAGCACCGCCAUCCAGUCCGGCGUCGUCUACACCGACAAGCUCAUGGCCAAGAUCCUCUUCUGCCUCUGGUGGGGCCUCCAGAACCUCAGUACGAUCGGGCAGGGGCUGGAGACGACGCACUACAAGGGGGAGCAGCUGUUCUCCAUCUUCCUGGCGGUGUUCGGGUUGAUCCUGAUGGCGCUGCUGAUCGGCAACAUGCAGACGUACCUGCAGUCGAUGACGCUGCGCUUGGAGGAGAUGCGGCUGAAGCGGCGUGACUCGGAGCAGUGGAUGCACCACCGCCUCCUCCCCGACGAGCUCCGCGACCGUGUCUGGCGGCACAACCAGUACAAGUGGCUGGAGACCCGCGGGGUGGACGAGGACAGCCUGGUGCGCAGCCUGCCCAAGGACCUCCGCCGCGAUGUGAAGCGCCACCUCUGCUAUCGCCUGGUCCGCCGCGUCCCGCUCUUCGCCAACAUGGACGAGCGCCUCCUCGACGCCAUCUGCGAGCGUCUCAAGCCCAGCCUCUGCACGGAGUCCACCUACAUCGUCCGGGAAGGGGACCCUGUCGACGAGAUGCUCUUCAUCAUCCGGGGACGCCUCGAGAGCUCCACCACCGACGGCGGCCGCAUGGGGUUCUACAACCGGGGGCUGCUCAAGGAGGGUGACUUCUGCGGCGAGGAGCUCCUCACCUGGGCGCUCGACCCCAAGGCCGGCGCCAACUUCCCGCUCUCCACGCGCACCGUCAGGGCCAUCUCCGAGGUCGAGGCCUUCGCGCUGCGCGCCGAGGAGCUCAAGUUCGUCGCUGGCCAGUUCCGGCGGCUGCACAGCAAGCAGCUGCAGCAGACGUUCCGGUUCUACUCGCAGCAGUGGCGCACCUGGGCGUCGUGCUUCAUACAAGCCGCGUGGAGGAGGCACCUCAAGCGGAAGGCGGCCGAGCAGCGGCCUCAGGAGGAGGUCGACGACGAGGCGUUUGCAACGUCGGCGUCGUCGAGCCGCCUCACGACGACCCUGCUGGUGUCGCGGUUCGCCAAGAACGCCAUGCGCGGCAUGCAGCGGCAGCGGCCGCUCGGCGCGGACAACACCCUCAUCGUCCUGCCCAAGCCGCCCGAGCCAGACUUCGCCACCAUCGACUACUGA